AUGAAAACAGCGGUUUUUGGUCACGACGAAAUAUGCGACGAUACAACAUUAUCGUUGAACAGUGGUGCUAUACCACCAUUAACAUUUGCGCCACCAGCAGCACUAUCUGUUUCUUCUACCUUACAAAUCCGUGGCGGUGUUGCCAAUGCUGUGAGCAGUUAUCGGUCGCAUCAUCCGCGACGCACUUCACGGAUGCAAAAUGUAAGUAAUACUUGUCCACUAAUUGGCAAGCACUCUAUCCUUUCUUUUUUAUGCUUUUUUGUACUUUUUGUUUGA